UUGGCAGUAGUAGACGUCUGAGCCGAGGGAGAGGACGGCAGGCCCUCUCUCGCGCUGCUCUCGCGCGAUUGUCUGAUCGUCGUCGUCGUCGUCUCUAAUCGUGCUGCUACCGUUGUCUCGGUCUCUACUCAAUCCGUGCGUGCACUUGUGAUAGACACGCAUUUAGAGCAAUUUCGAAAAAGAAGAGAGGUGUUGUGUGAGUGAGUGUGUUGAUCGUGGUUGGAUUUUUUUUAUACACAGACGUUGCCGCAGUGCCGUUUAUAUAUUGCACGCGGUGGCGGUGGCAAUAAAGACGACGACGAGGUGUACUAGCUAUGGCAGGCAGCGGUGUGGCGGGGCCACCGACGACGACGACGGUACAAGGCCACCCGCCCAACAGCACCGUUAACAAGCUCAUCCGCGUAGGUUACUACGAACUCGAGAAGACCAUCGGCAAGGGCAACUUCGCCGUCGUCAAGAUGGCCACCCACGUCGUCACCAAAUCCAAGGUGGCUAUCAAAAUCAUUGACAAGACUAAGUUAAGCGAAGAAAAUCUAGCAAAAAUAUUUCGUGAAGUGCAUAUAAUGAAGAGACUGAGACAUCCACACAUAAUUAGACUUUAUCAAGUGAUGGAAACGGAAAAAAUGAUAUAUUUAGUAACUGAAUACGCAGCUUCUGGUGAAAUAUUUGAUCAUCUUGUAAGAAAUGGGAGAAUGGCAGAGCAUGAAGCUAGAAGAGUAUUCCGUCAAAUUGUUGAAGCUGUUCGUUACUUGCAUCAACAAAGAGUUGUUCAUCGAGAUCUCAAGGCUGAGAAUUUGUUGCUGGAUGCUGACAAUAAUAUAAAACUAGCUGAUUUUGGAUUCAGCAACGAGUAUACACCAGGUGUUACUCUUACAACUUUCUGUGGUUCACCGCCUUAUGCAGCACCAGAACUCUUUAAGGGAGACAAUUAUGAUGGCCCACGAGCUGACAUUUGGAGCUUGGGAGUUGUAUUAUAUGUAUUAGUCUGUGGAGUUUUGCCAUUUGAUGGGCCUACAAUGAAUACAUUGAGAGCAGUUGUUGUGUCAGGAAAAUUUAGGAUACCUUUUUUCAUGACUGGAGAGUGCGAGAAGCUGAUAAGGCACAUGCUAGUAGUCGAGCCAGAGCGUCGUUUUACCAUCCCCCAGAUAUUGGCACAUCCGUGGAUGGGUGGCGAUGGUCGCACAAUCGACGAUAAACCAGAAGUUGAGCAGCAACAGCAAUCAUCACCGCCUCUUAAUCAAAUGGUCAUCGAGAGUAUGUUAACGCUGCCAGGCUUGGAUUUGGAUACGUUGCUGCAAGCAGUCCAGGGCAACGCCUUCAAUCACGUCUCGGCAAUUUACAAUUUACUUGUCGACCAAUUGGAGAACGCUGCUGUUACGAGUGUGCCCAGCAUACAAACUCUACCGGCCGGCGGCUACGUAUCCGAUGACGCUCAUCAGCUGGAAAAGUUCGACGAAGUGGAAAGUGCCGAGAUGGAGGAACGCAGUGGUUUGCAAUUACCAGUAGGUACACCAUACCACGCGACACGUCGUCACACAGUUGGUCCAGGAGAUACAGCACAUCAACCUACAGUCGUAUAUCCUUACGUGGAUCACGUAGGUCGCCCACCAUUACAUAUGCUGCCAAAUCACCAUCUAAAUGUCGAGAUACAGGUAUUGCCACAAACGAAUCUCGCGCUCAACUCGCCGUAUGUCCAAAAUCAACCCCCGCAGAACUUUCAAAUCAAGGAUCAACAUCUGCUCAAGCCACCCUCCGCUAUGGGAGCUACAAGCAGUUUCGGAAGAAGAGCUUCGGAUGGUGGAGCAAAUCUUCAUGUAUUUUAUCAACAGCAACAUAGUAAUAGUAGUGGGGAAGAGGGCAGUUGGAGUCAACCUGGUAGCAGAGAACAUUUGCAACCUCCUGGUAGUCCAGCACUAUCGCCAUGUAGCGGGACGAGUGGAGGUGACAGUAGUCAGGGUAGCACAUCAAGUACUAGUAGCGACAGAAGGCGUCGUUCUGGCCUCACAACUGUCAUGCAACGUCCAGUUUUGAAUCCCGAGGUGGUCGUCGAGGUGGAAAAGAGGAUGAACAGAUCGUAUCUGCCAUCGAGGCUGCUGCCAAAUCACCUUAAAACCAACGCCGGCAACUCACUGCCGCAUCACAGGAAAACCUCUAUGUAUUCUGCUAGCACUGCCGGUCCACGCGACUCGUACAAGGAGCCGAGCGUGCACGUGACAACAGCUGAGCGUUAUUCGCCUGUACGCCGCGCCUCGGAAGGCUCAGGGCAGCAAGGACCCGGCAUCCAAGCCCUUCAACAAGAAUACCAGCAGUUGCAGAGGCUCGCCUCGCCCUCGCACAGUCCUGCCAGCAUUCCCGGAUCGCCAGUGCACGAACGCGGAGUCGCUGCCAUCACUCAGGGUCUCAGUGGAUUAACCACAGCUCCGGUGCAAGGUAGCAUAGUCCACGGUACGCCCACCCAGCAGCCAGCCACGCCUCUGGACUUGAGUCCACUGAGGCAUCAUCGUUCACCAGCAACCACGCCUGUCAGCUACUCGCCCAGUAAUAGUCCUGCCCUCGAUAUGAUACAGGAGGAGCACCCGGUCGACGUACUACGGGUCCCUUUAAUUUUCACUCAGGUACCGCCACCACAAAUCUCGGUGACGGACGUGUUGGGCGGGCAGGUGACUUUAGUCGGCUGCUCGCCAUCGCCAUCACCGUCGCCCGAUUCACUCGAAGAUACGUUAUCGCAUUACAGUCCAAUUCCAUUUAUCAUUUCGGAGCCUUGUGAUCCACUGAGACCAAGUAUAACCCGAGGCAUCGGGCGACCAGCCGCAAUACCCACGGAAGUCGAGGUGACGUUGUCCGACGAAUCGAGUCGGCUCAAUUCCGAGGCUAUACUUGGCCGAGUUAUACAAAUCAUCGACGCACACGCUCCAAAAGGAUUCGUGUUCUCCAGACAAGAAGUCGAUGGCAACGGAUUAAAUUUGGAGUAUCCUGGUGGUGUGCAAAUUGAGCUGCGAGUCUGCGAGAGCGAGGAGAAAGAGGUCAAAGGUAUCAAAAUGAGACGGAUCAGUGGGGACCAAUUACAGUACAGUCAGCUUUGUCAGCAGCUCAUUUCCUGCAUCACCGUUUGACGGCGUGACGCCCUUUACGAUAUUUUAUGCAAGUUUAAGAUGAUGAACAUGCUUGCGCUGCUGUUGCCGAUUAGAUCGAUCGUUUGUUGAACGCUAGACUCUUGAUGAAGUCCGAAGGGAAAUGAUACUCGAAUUAAUUUAUUACAGACGAAAAUAAAUCGAUCCUUUUUUAUUUUUAGGAUUUAGUUAUUUCUUCUUGUAGUAUCGAUCGAAACUGUUGAAAGCAAAAAUAAUUUAUUACGUAUUUUGUUACGUAUAGCAUAGUUUGUUAUUAGUUUAAUUGUUUUUGAGCAGGUUUCCCUCGACUUUUAGAAAGAGUUCAACGAUAAAAAAUCUUGUACGCUUUAUUGGAUUAGAAACUUAAGCCUAGUUAUAAGUCUUAAGUUUUAAGCUAUUGCGACAGAAUUCAGAAUUUGUACAAUUUUUAAGCGUCGUAAUAAUUUAGUAAACCCAGCUAAUUAAAGUUACGAUGGUAUAUAUGUUACUUUAUUGCAAAACAACAAAAUUGUUACAACAAUUGUCUACUAAUGAAUUCAAGGUACGUUUGUUAACUAGCUUAAUCAUCGUAUUUAUCAUUAGAUCUCAUCAAUUCUAAAUUGAUUGUAUUUGAACGGUUAUAACUGAUUACGCAUUGAUCAGGUCUUAGAUAAUUUACUAUUAUAAAAAGACUAUUCUAGCAGAGGUCGAGAGUAAGAGAGAAUUUAUUUCAUUUUAUAUAGAAAAAAACUAUCGCGUCGACAGUCGUCACGUCUCUUUUCUGAUUACUAUUAUUAUUAUUUUGAGUCUUACAUUCCUAGCAAAAAAAGAAAAGAAACACGACGGCCGUACGAGCACGUCUGUCUCGUAAGCCCCAUUUAUUUGCAGUAUUGCUGCUGAAUUUUAAGUAAUGCGCGCAUUCAGAGAUGUUUGACUUCGAGUACCUACAUUUAAUCUUUGAAAAAUAUUUUGCUUUUUUGGAGAACGUUUUAGGUCUUCGCAAUUUCUAUUCUAUAUAUAUAUAUAUAGUACAUGAAAAAAAGGCAUUCAAGAAUUUUUAAAGACUGUAGAUUAAAAUUAAGAUAACUCUGAGGUCUUCAAAAAUUCAUGAAAGAUUCACUGCUACUUCUUUCAGUUUCGACUGAAUGGAUAUUUCAUAUUGAACGUGUAUAUUCAAUUUUUUUUCAAUUACUCGGUAUGGUAAAUGACAAAACUUUAGUUGAAAAAAACUCAAUGUUAUUGAAAAGUUUUUACAUAUAGAAUUAUACUUAUAAAAUUGAAAGAUUGGUUUGGUUAGUUGAAUUAGGGUUACACAAAACCAAAGCGCGUAAACGAGCAUUCCCUUUUUACCUGCUUGGACGUCUUCGUUUGAGACUUGUAAAUAAAAUAGCGAGCUCAUGGAAUCGAUUGUAUGUAUAUUGUAAACCUGAAGAUGAAAUAGACUUGGCAUAUAGAACCAAAGAUAUAUAAAGCGCAGGCAUUAGGGCGGUAAUUUUUUCUUUCCAUUGUUUUUAUGUUGAAAAAUUAAUCAAUUGAUUCAAUUGAUGUACCAGUUGUUGAAAUUACAAAUUAUUUUUAUUUGAUGUAGGUGUAUAUUAAAUUACUUUAUCGUUAUUGUAACGUGAACGUUCAGUGGAUUCUUAAAAAUAUCGUAGAUUAUUUGAAAUGAAGAAAUUAUUUUCAUUUUUAAAUUUAUGUUAAUUAGAGAUGUGUUCUAAGAAAUGGCACUUGCCCAAGCGAGCGAAUGAUCUUAAGUGUGUUUUUAGGCGUAAUCUCCUUUCAAUUAAUCACAUAAAUAUAAAUAACAAAAAGCAAAAAAAAAGCUACGUGUAAAAGUGUUCUUACAGGUAAUCCUAUCUUGGUUGCUUUUUCACAUUGUCGACCACGAAUGAGCUUUUGACGAAUCAUUGUACGUAUUGUCAUUUACCUGUACAUAGAAGAUUUAAGUGUAAAUAUAUUAUUGUGGUGAUACUUGACGAACUCGCUAGCUCAUGAAAGUGUUGAGUGAAACUUUAAUGCUCUGCGCUAAAUGCGAAUUGAUUAAAGGAGAUAAAACGCUUGAGAGUCGUGACAUCCAGCUAUUGGCAAAGAAAUUACGAUUUUUUUUCGUUAUUGUAUUCUCUGUAUCAUAUUGAAUUUUUGUUAAAAAACAAUGAUUUAGUCAAAAUGUAAAAAGAAUUUGAUAGGCUAAAAGAAAAUUAGGAAAUAUGAUCUAUUUAGUGAAAUUUAUAUGCAGAAUUGAAAAAAUUUGUUUCAUUGUAUCGAACAAAAAUCGUAUGAAGCUCUUUUUUAUACAUCAGAUUGACGUAGCCGCUAUCGACCAUGAAUAAUGCCAUAUAGAGGGGAAAGGGAAGAGAGAGAGAGAGAGAAAGAGAGAGAGAGAGAGAGAGAGAGAGAGAGAGAGAGAGAGAGAGUGAGAGUGAGUGAGUGAGAAAGAGAUAGUCAGUGUGUGCAAAUUGUAAAGCCAUCUUACCCCUAUCGAUCGAUCGAGGUACCGGAUAGAUAUUCUUUCAUUCACAUGUACGAUAAAAAUAUACUUGCAGUUUCGUUCGAAAGCAACGUGCAGCCACACAUAAUUUACAUAGCUAUAAUAGUAUCUUUUGGGCUACGAAUUAUACACAUAACCGCGUUCUUUAAAAAAAUUGUACAUAGUUAAUUCAAGAAAAUAAUACACGCAUACACACAAACUGUACGAAUAAAAAAAUGAUAGAGUAUAUUGUAUAUGUAUAGGAAGUGAAGCACGAAAACUAGACAGAAAUUAGAUUCAUGAUCGACUGUAAUGAGCCAUGUUGUAAUAUAAAUAUGAAAUUUAAUGAAAUUAAAAAAAAUACUAUGAAGAGGAUAGAAUACAGAUAGUAUUUUCUGCUGUCAAUUCUUCAACUAAGACUGUGAUUUUUAAAUAUAUUAAAUAAAAUUAGAAAAAAACUCGUUAUUAAUACACGCCAAGUGAUUAAAAGAGAUAAUAAACAAA